GAAAUGUUUUAUCCUUUGGGACAUAUGACACUGGUCAAAACAAAUGUGCCAAGUAUCGGUUGAUAAAGGUGACUGCAAGAUUGACAAACUAGAGCAGCUUAAAUGAAAACUACAGAGCUGUUGAAGUGCCAUAAAAUCCAAAAUGUAUAUAAUUCCAGCUUCCUUUCAACGAUUAUAAUUCCACUAAAAUAUACAGUGUGAAAACUGCCUCUAACCUUUCUUAAACUUUAAUAAAAAGAGGCUGUGUGAUACACUUCUUAGGUUAUGCAGUGUGUUUCCAUUCCAAAAUACCUGUAUGUGUUUUAAAGCAACUGUAAGAAUUUAUUUACCAGUUAUGGGACUUGUUGGUGCCUCUGCCUCUCAUUUGUAGUUAAGGAAACAUAAAUUGUGUAAAUGGACAUUGAGGACAUGCAAAACAUGAAAGGACUGGAUGAAGGAACUGAAAGAUUGAUCAUAUAUGGAGGUACAUGUGGGGUGUAUAGGGGGUAGGAUUAAUGAUUUCCAGACUUCCAGAUUUAAGUGGAUGAGCACUGCACUUGGUUAUUGGUGGAUGCACUAUCCAGUGGAGUGUUGACACACAAGACAGAUUUAACUAAAGAAACCUCAACAAACAACCAGAAAAUGUCAUAACAGAGGCUAACCAAGACUUUCGAGUUAAAUGCCAAGGUUAUAGACCUGGUUAAAUCACCAGGAAACUCUCCAGCUAAAUUUCAGAAAUAACAACCAAUGUGUGGAAAGACCUUUUUCAACAUUUUCAGUUACUAACCCAGCACUUGCUCAACAAACCAAACCUGCUGGACUUGAUCCAUACAUCACAAACGUGACAUUUCUCAAACACAUUAUCACAGGAUACAGGACACAUCAGUAUUCUCUGGGAUACACCAGUGUAAAUGUGAUUUUCGACUGCUUUCUGCUGUUUGUGAUCCUGUACCAUUAUGUUAUAAACUCCAGCUUCUAACUGUUUUGAGUACUACAUAUUUCAAUCUUCUUUGCCGGCCGCCCACUUUGCCUGGGUUUAGACGGCACUACAUUUCCCAUACUCCUUAGUUCUAUGUGAGGGGUUGGCUUGUUGGGCGCGCGCUGAACGGAAAACAAUUUGAAAGAAAAAUGGCGGAAAGGCUUUUGGAAAAUGGAGAAGACGGUUGCGGUAAUGCCAUCGUCGCUGAUACAGAAAACGAGGUUCAUUUAUCGAAACAAACAUCGAAAAGAUGCUCGUCUCCGAGCCCCAUCGCAGCUCCCCCACAGAAGUCUCCUCGUUCCGACUUACCCAUAACACAGACGUCUAAAGCUGGAAAAGCACACUCAGAGACAGAUGAAAUGCAGAUAGAAAACACAGAGGGUCCCUCUGUCAGUCCCACUGCACGGAGGAAGUCCUGGAGGAGAUCCGCCAUAAAUCGGCGCUCCCUCCCAGUCCUUCCCAACCCAAAUCAGGCAUUGUGCUUGGAAAUAUGUACAUCCUUGCCACAGGAAAAGAGACUGGAGAAACUGAUGGAGGCCUCGAUGAAGCUGGCAGUAGAAAGGACCAAACAUUUGUUCCAGUCAGUGCCAAAUGCUUCACUGGAGUCUUUUCAGCGACAAGUGGAGUCCAUCCAGAAACAGUGGGGCUGUUUGCCCAAAAGCAUACACAGUGGACCGCAUUGUCUCUCUUCUCGGACAGCCAGUAAGCCUGCAGCACACAGAGACAUGGAAAAAUUUCAGACAGCCAUCAAAAGGCUCCAAGCUGAAAGUGAAUCUUGGGAGGCACUGUUGAACAAACACCGGAGGAAAGCAGAGGAAUUGGAAAGGAAGGUGGAGCAGGGCCAGAAGACGGGCAUAUCACUUGACUCUACGUCUGUGGCCCGGUCCUCGCAGUAUCUUCUCAUCCAGAACAAACCUGACUACAGUGUCAUCCUCUGUAAACAGAAACCCAUGCUUCACACCAUGGCAAUGAUUAUCGACAGUCAGUGUAAGAUGGCUAAAGAGCUUCUGUCCAUCAAGGAGAUCACGCAGCUAUUGGUGAAAAAGACCAGUGGUCAUUUGGCGGCAGAAGCUGGAUUCCAGGACCUUUCAUCUGACCUCCUCAGAAAUCUCAUGGCAGCACCUGUAUCCACUACGACUUCAUAAUCGCUCUGCUGGGAAGCAAGCAAAAGCAGUCUUAUAUUCUAAUGAACCGUGGCUCUGUAUUAGUCAUAUGAAGCUUGUUAAGUGCUUUGAGCCAUUAUAUUUUUACCAGCUCUCUCUGUGACUGGCUUGUCGUUGUGGCGUAUGAGAGAAUCCUUGCGUGCAUGUUCUGGGGCUGGUCACAGUCACUGCACAUGUGACUUCUCUCAACUCAUAUGUGACCUACUGUUAACGUCACAGUUAUUUCUCCUUUUUUAAUUACUAAAUAUGCAUUCUGCAUCUAACCUGAUAAAAAUGGCAGUUCGGGCAAUGCAUAUGUUUGAUCAGCAGGUGGCAGUGGUUGGCUAUACAAAAUUGUGACAAGCUUGGAGAAUAGCAAAACAGGAUUUUUUUUUUUUUGUUAAACCUUAAUAAAGUGUAUUCUGACCUGUAAAACUGGUUAUGUGAGACUGCCAGCGGUUAAGAAACAGAGAUGUUUCUUAAGCUUUUUGUAAAAAUCGGUUGGUCGACUCUAAGUCCCUAACUUUUUGAACUCAUUACCUAUCUGAGGGGAUUUUUAUCAGAAAACAAAACUGAUUAUAUCUUUUUAAAAUAAAAUAAUUACGUCAUUAAAUCUUUUUGAUGUGACAACAAGUGGCAAAACAAGUUGUUUUUUUAUUUGUAGUAGUAAUAAAAAAGAACCCCGUAUGCUCA